CAAUCACACUUAGACGAUACGGAGGGGCUACUUGUAAUUUAUUAACAUAUAUGUAUAUUAGUUCAAACAAAAGUUCCUUGUAAUAUAACAAAAUCGACGUAAUAAAAGACUGAUAAAUUGAUAAGUAAUUUAAAACGUAUUAACGAUCGAAGUGAAUUGGGGACCAAUACCAACAUAAAAGUGAUUAAAAUAGAUUAUAGGAACCAAGUGUCUUAUUGCAACAAUAAGACUUAAACGGCGGUUGAUAACGUUUGUGAUAAAAUUAAUACUAUCGAGGAUUUCAAAGUUUUACAAAUGACAGCUAAGACUGAUAACGUAGCAAAUGGGAUCCAUAAUCCAUCAGAGCCGAUCAGUUCGAAGCUGUUCCUCUCAGACGAGAACCACCCGGUGAAGCAUGACGUGUCCGGGAGUGUUAUGGACGGUCUAAUAAUGGAGGUGAAGGAUUCCUACACGGUUUACAGGAUUCGAUGGUUGAUGCUGGCAUUAUUCGUGCUGUAUUCAUCAUCGAAUUCCUUGCAGUGGACUCAGUUUACGAUAAUAUCGGAUAUUAUAGUGAGGUACUAUGGUGUUUCGAGCAAUGUUGUGUCUUGGACUUCAAUGGUUUAUAUGAUAACGUACGUGCCCUUGAUAUUUCCGGCUAGCUGGCUGCUGGAUAAAACGGGUCUUCGAAUAACGACAAUCAUCGGGUCGUUUGGAACAUGCGCGGGCGCAUGGCUGAAGGUGUUCUCAGUGCCACAGGACCUGUUCUGGCUUGGAUUCACUGGUCAGACUGUGGUGGCCAUAUCACAGGUUUUCAUCCUGAACGUACCGCCGCGCUUGGCUGCAGUCUGGUUCGGAGCUGAUCAAGUUUCAUCGGCCUGCAGCAUUGGUGUUUUUGGUAACCAGCUUGGCGUAGCUCUUGGAUUUCUGCUACCUCCGAUGAUAGUGCGCGCACAGGGUUCCGUGGAAGAGAUCGGCGCAGACCUACAAUUCAUGUUCUACCUCGUGGCCGGAAUAACAAGCGUGCUUUUUGUUUUCAUUCUACUGUUCUUCAAAGCGGCUCCACCGAGUCCACCGUCAGCAGCUGCCGAUUUCGGAUCCAGUUUAGACUCGAACUUCCUCAAGUCGAUUCAGAAAUUGCUCACCAACCGGAACUACAUCCUGCUACUUAUCUCCUACGGUCUCAACGUCGGCGUCUUCUACGCGAUCUCGACUCUUCUCAAUGAACUCGUUCUCACUUACUAUCCGGGUGCAAACGAAGACGCAGGUCGUAUUGGUUUAGUAAUCGUGGUGGCUGGAAUGAUUGGCUCAGUGGUGUGCGGUCUCAUCCUCGACAAGACCCACCGGUUCAAGGAGACCACGCUCGCCGUGUACGCCGCGUCGGUGGUAGGAAUGAUCAUCUUCACCUUUACCCUGGACUGCGGAUACAUUGCUGUUGUUUACUUCAGCAGUAUUAUUCUUGGUUUCUUCAUGGCCGGCUACUUGCCCGUCGGUUUCGAGUUCGCUUCCGAAGUUACCUAUCCUGAACCCGAAGGAACCACUUCUGGUAUCCUCAACGCGUGCGUUCAGAUAUUCGGCAUAGUGCUGACGCUGAUGUUCGAGUGGAUGCUGGGCGCGGCGGGCGACCGCUGGGCCAACCUGUCGCUGUGCGCGCUGCUGGCGCUCGGCACCGCCGUCACCGCCGCCAUCCGCUCCGACCUGCGCCGCCAGGCCGCGCAGAACAAGGCCUAAGGCUGCUGUACUGCUGUUACCGUAGCUAUAUUACUUGUGUGUUCUUUGUUAUGGCUUGCGAGUUUUGUCUUCUUUAUUUGUUUAUUAAUUACAUACUAAAUAUUGGUGUCCGUUGGCGGAUUAUAGGAGUAGGCCUUGAUAAUAAUUCGAAUCGAGGUUUUACGUAAAUAGACUAUGUAUUGUAUUUUUAUUUUAAUCAGGGAAACGUUAAAGUUAAAACUGCAUCGAACAUGAGUUUGAAAUAAUAUAUACGGUGCAAUAAUUGCGUUCAGAGUGAAAUUAUUUUCGUGAUUUAAUUUAUAACACUAAUUUAUAUGAGUAUUUUAUAUUAUUCUAUAUGUUUAAUAUUUGUACGUUUUUGAACUAACAUUUUUUUAUAUUUAUCAGAUUUUUUCUUUGGUCACCUUUUUAAAUUAUAUCACCAAUAAUAUUUAUAACAUUACAUAAGCUUAAAGUCGAAUUAAUAAUGUAUAUUAAAUUAUAAAAUUUAGUUCCUUAACCUCAGUAAGAUGAGUACAUGAAAUUGUGAACCAAUUAUAGUACACACCCACAAAAUGUUUGUAAUAGUAAAAUUUAAAAAUAUCACUAUUCUACGGAUACGCGAGUGGAGAUAGCGGUGCGAUAAAACGAGGUUGCAACGCUGUAACUGUUUACUGCCCAAUAUAUUUUUUUAAUGUAAUAAUUCAAUAGUUGUACUUGUUUUUAUUUUUAUUUAUAUAGUAUCGGUGACGCAGUGAAAACUAUAAAGCCUUUUAGAAAAUUAUAUUUACAACAAUUUAAGUAAUUGCCUUUGCUAUUUUGAAAUUGUUUAAUGUAACCGAGAUAAUAUUAAAAAAAUAUAUAAAAACAUUCAAAAUGGCAGCUAACGUAAUGGCACAUUUUGGGCGCCAUUUUAAAUUGAUACUUCUAGUGGAUCCCGUAAAGGUAUUGUAAUUUAAUUUCUGAACUUAUGCAAUUUUUAACCAAUUUUUGACCACGCGAACAUACUAAACUAAACUCCUUAAAAAUAUUAUAUUUAUUGUAAAACUUAUGAUUAAAUUACAAAUUUCAAUUUAGCCAUCCAUAGACAAUAUAACUACAGAUUUAAAAGUUUUAUGAAAUGGCAAAUAUAUAUUAUAUAUAAGAUACUUUUAAUAUUAUAGAAGUUUUAUUUGCUUUAAUAUCGUACCGUAUAUUAAGAUUUCGAUGUAUAACGAAAUAAAAAUUUUAAAAAAUUUAAACGAAUAUACAUACAUAAACUUUAUAUAUUAGAUGUUUUUGUAGAAAUUUUACCAAAUAAAAGCCUAGCUUCGAUAGUAAAUAAUAAACUUUAAAAUCCGUGGGAUUUUUAAGGUUCUUUAAAACGUGACAAUAAUUGUGUGACUACGACAAACAAAUGGGAACUAAUUAAACAUUCUAACAUUCCAAAGUAUAGGCUUUAGGAUAUCCGUGUGAGAGAAUAGGUAUUUUUCUUAUAGUGAUUGUAACAUACGAUUAGAGUUUUGACAAAAAUAUUUAAUACAUAUUCGUAUUUUAACCGAUUUGAAAUUUUAAAUGUUAAGUAAAUCGUAUUUUUAUGAAUUCUAAAGCGUAAAAUGCUGGCAACACUAAUUUCGAUCACAUAUAGGUUAUUAGUAUUAAGUUUUUUUUUUUAAUAAGGCUAGUUUUAUUUAUUAAAGUAAUAUAUUCAUACUACGACAUUGCUUAUUAUAUUUAUGACAAUAUUAAUAAAGUGAACCUUAACCUUUAACCUUCUCCUCAAAAAAGGGAGAGGAGGCCUUAGCCCAGCAGUGGGACAUUUACAGGCUGUUACUGUUUACUGUUACUGUUAAUAAAGUGAUAUACAAUUAGGUGCAUGUUGAUGAAAAUACAAUAAAAAACGUAGUUUGUAGGUAUGUAUUAACAUUGUUUAAUGUGUAUUUACGAUAAUUAUUAUAGAUCUUUUUUUUGUAUUGCAUUGUAAAAUUAUUGUAUUUUUUUUGCCACAAUUUGCAUUUUUUUCUGUAAGCAAAGGCCUGUGAUUUAGUUCUAAAUGAAAUUACAAACUUUGCUGUGAGUUUUAAUAUGAUCCAGUAUUAUUAUAUUUAUUGUGCGUUAUGUUAGUUUAUAAGGUUUUUUUUGUGUACAUGAUAAAUAUUACAAAUGGUGUUAUGGUUGUGUUAAAUUUAAUAUUUGCGAAUCAAUCAUAAAUGUGGAACUUGCUUUAUUAUAAGUGGAUAAUAAAAUUUAAAAAAAAACGUAUGAUUUACCUCAAGUUUUUCUUGUCUGUGGUUUUUUAAUUUAUUAUCUUAAUUGUUUAUUAAUAGCAAUUUUAAAAUUAUUUAUUAAUAGCAAUUGUAACUAGAAGUCAAAUUUUCCUAAAUAAAUCACAUAAGCUUUUCUAUUUUAAAGGAUAUUUUCAUCAUAUUAGUUUCGUUAAUUUACUAAAAAUGAAUUUAAAUCAAAUGAAAUGUAAUAUUUUUUUGUAAUAUCGACAUUGUAUUAGAGAAAAUCGACUUACCGCUUAAAGACAAUAAAAUAAUGUAUGAUCGUAAUUAUUAAUAUUGUAUUUUAAAAAUAUCGAAUAUAAAGUUGUGGAAGUUAAAAAACUACCCACAUUUAAAGCUACAAUUAUUAUCCAUGCGUAUUUAACAAAUCGAUAUUAGAAGUAGUGUUAAAGAACUGUUAAAGUUGUUUAAUAAAUAUUGAUGUGUA